GUGGCAGAGAGAAGGCAGGGGUUCGGAGUGCGUACUCUUCUCAGUUCAGUGCCUGUGUACUCUGGCCUGGGGAAAAGAGAGGAAUGGGGACAGGGACAGGGGCAGCCGCGCCGUGGGCUCGUGAGCCACGAUCCAGUAGUGCCCUGCCUGCCCCAGGCCCCUGACAUUCACACCCAUGUAUUUAGCUUCACAUGCUCACUGACAUACUGUCGCGGACAUCACACACAGCCUCACAGGAGUACGCAUGCACUCACGCGGAAAAGGCCCAGGACUCUCUCCCUGUCUACAGAUAAUCAUCUCACCAGGUGCCCAGAGCCAUGGCAGAGAGGGAGGGACCCAGGGGAGCGGGUGCAGGGAACAGAGGAAGGCAGUGUUUGGCUUAGCGUAGAGUGUAGGGAGGGGCAUGGAGCCAGGUGAGCCCCGAGAGGGAAGAAGGGACUUUGGGGAGGGCUUUGAAUGUCAUUAAUGGCUUUGGGGAGCCACAGAAGAUUUCUGGGAAAAAAAAAAAGAAUAAAAAGAUAGGAAUCUGUGGCCUUGUGGAAGAGUCUGGUGGGGAGGCAGAAAAGCAAGAAGUGGUCCAUUUAGCACUGGGUGCUGAUGGAACUAUUAUCCAUCCCAGGUGCCCAGCAUAGGUGAGCACAGGCCAGGUGAGCACCAGGAAGUAGUUAUUGAAUGACUGAAUGGCCCAGGCACGGUGAGGCCCUAAGUCAAACCAGGACAGGAAUGGAAAAGACAGCAGGAUGCCAAAAGUCACUGCGCUUUAAGUUGGCCAGCUGUGGCAACUCACUGGUUAGAGAAGUCUAAGAUGCUAGGGGAUUCUGGGGAUCCUAGUAGUACUAUUAGCAGGAAGAGUGAAAGCAGUGGGGGUGGCAGUGCAGUUUUUAGGCUUGUGAGAGACAGGCUUGGAGAGGAUAGCAUUGGGGUGUCAACUGCUAGGAGCACAUUGGCAUCUGAGUAAAAGCAUAAGUGAAUUUAAAUGUCCCAGCAUUGGUUUCCAUUAAAUCAUCUCAUAAUUGAGAACAGAAAAGGGGAUUACAGAAGACACAGAUGGCCAAGUCUGUACCAGUUCACCCAGGAGUUUUCCUUUCUGGUGUCAGUGGAAGCUGAUGGAGAAUCGAGCUCUGGACCCAGGGACUCGGGACUCCUAUGGUGCCACCAGCCACCUCCCCAACAAGGGGGCCCUGGCAAAAGCCAAGAACAACUUCAAAGACCUGAUGUCCAAGCUGACAGAGGGCCAGUAUGUGCUUUGCCGCUGGACAGAUGGACUGUAUUACCUCGGAAAGAUCAAGAGGGUCAGCAGCUCAAAGCAAAGCUGCCUUGUGACUUUUGAAGAUAAUUCCAAAUACUGGGUCUUGUGGAAGGACAUACAGCAUGCUGGUGUUCCAGGGGAGGAACCCAAGUGUAACAUAUGCCUGGGGAAGACAUCAGGGCCACUGAAUGAGAUUCUCAUCUGUGGGAAGUGUGGCCUGGGUUACCACCAGCAGUGCCACAUCCCCAUAGCAGCCAGUGCCGACCGGCCCCUGCUCACACCUUGGUUUUGCCGACGCUGCAUCUUCGCGCUGGCUGUGCGGAAGGGCGGCGCGCUGAAGAAGGGAGCCAUCGCCAGGACGCUGCAGGCGGUAAAGAUGGUUCUGUCCUACCAGCCCGAGGAGCUCGAGUGGGACUCGCCCCACCGCACCAACCAGCAGCAAUGCUACUGCUACUGCGGCGGGCCGGGAGAAUGGUAUCUGCGGAUGCUGCAAUGUUACCGGUGCAGGCAGUGGUUCCACGAGGCCUGCACCCAGUGCCUCAAUGAGCCCAUGAUGUUUGGAGACCGGUUCUACCUGUUCUUCUGCUCCGUGUGUAACCAGGGCCCAGAGUACAUCGAGCGGCUGCCCCUACGAUGGGUGGAUGUGGUUCACCUGGCCCUUUACAACCUGGGGGUGCAGAGCAAGAAGAAGUACUUUGACUUUGAGGAGAUUCUGGCCUUUGUCAACCACCACUGGGAGCUCCUGCAGCUCGGCAAGCUCACCAGCACCCCCGUGACGGACCGAGGACCGCAUCUCCUCAACGCGCUGAACAGUUACAAAAGCAGGUUCCUCUGUGGCAAGGAGAUCAAGAAGAAGAAGUGCAUCUUCCGCCUGCGCAUCCGCGUCCCACCCAACCCGCCUGGGAGGCUUCUGCCUGACAAGGGCCUGGUGCCCACUGAGAAUGGCGCCUCCUCCGAGCUGCGUAAGAGAGGAAAGAGCAAGCCCGGUUUGUUGCCUCACGAAUUCCAGCAGCAGAAAAGGCGAGUUUAUAGAAGAAAAAGAUCAAAGUUUUUGCUGGAAGAUGCUAUUCCCAGUAGCGACUUUACCUCGGCCUGGAGCACCAACCACCACCUGGCCAGCAUAUUUGACUUCACAUUGGAUGAAAUUCAGAGUUUAAAAAGUGCCAGCUCAGGCCAGACCUUCUUCUCAGAUGUGGACUCCACAGAUGCCGCCAGCACCUCUGGCUCCGCCUCCACCACCCUCUCCUAUGACUCCAGACGGACAGUGGGCAGCCGGAAGAGGAAGCUGGCAGCCAAAGCGUACACGCCAUUGCGGGCAAAACGGCGGGCAACUGAGCUGGGUGAACGCUGCCCAUCAGACAGCAGUGCUGAGGGGGCAUCAGGCCCCGAACGGCCAGACGAAGGCAUCGACAGCCACACGUUUGAGAGCAUCAGUGAAGAUGACUCGUCCUUGUCCCACCUCAAGUCAUCCAUCACUAGCUACUUUGGUGCAGCGGGGCGGUUAGCCUGUGGGGAGAAGUACCAGGUGCUGGCUCGGAGAGUGACACCUGAGGGCAGGGUUCAGUACCUGGUGGAGUGGGAAGGGACCACCCCUUAUUGACUGGCUCUCAGUGGAUGCCAGGAGCCCUGGAAAGCAAAGGAGAGACGGCGGAAGCCACAGGCUCCCUGGUUCUCUUCAGGGCGGGGUGGGGGAGGGAAGCAAGACAGAGCUGCAAGUGCCUGGCCAAAGGCCCUUCCUGCCUGCCUCCCAGGUCAAGAUCUGCGCCUCUGCUGUGCCCAUUCUGCUCUCGGGGCUCCUCAGACUCAUCACCCCUUUGCCUGUAUCUCUAAGGUCCCACCAGCUACUUCUCACCAGCACACUCCACACUCCCUUAAACUGUUCAUCUGUUCCUCUGAAUGUGUCCCCAAGCUCUGGGACCCUUUGCCCUGAGGCCUGAAUCUGGCUUUCUCUCUGUCCCUUACCUCUCUCACGUGUGCACACUGUCCCUCCACUGGAUGUCCCUCACAGCUGACUCAGGGGGCAGCCAGUCCUUCCAGGGACCUCAUCAUGAGAACAGGAACCUUUAAGAAUAAGGCGGAUAAAAGGAGCUCUCGGAGCUUUUCUGUCCCACUUUCCUGCCACAUCCCCCUGCCCUUGGAGAUGCUGGUGAUGGUAGAACGCCCCUGCCAAAGCCUGUGAGGCGGAGAUCCUGGGACUCGGGAUCUGACACACAAAAAGGCUGGGUCUCUGCUUAUUAAGGCUGCAGUGUCAGCUUCUGAGGUCCCAGAAGUUUUCCUUUCCUUGGCCACACUCCCUCUGGGCCUUGCCUUGCUGGAAUAGAGGUGCCCUUGAAAACCUGAGGGACAGGGAGAAGUGGGAGGAAAGGAAGCCAUGUCAUGCUGAACCUCAGGCUAUUUCCUCUGCCUCCCAUCCCCAGAGAACCACACAUGCAGCUGAACAAUACAAACUCACACACGAGCUUCCAUCCGCGAGUACUUUAACCCUCCAGGCACCAGCAUUUGGCCCCUGGCCUCCAGGUGUGUACACUCACACACACGGCCACACAUUCCCUUCAGCGCCAGCCUGGCUCCUGCCCUUGGCUUUCCCUUGGCUCUCUUCCAGGGACCAUGUGCUGCAACUAAAUGUGAAAGUCCAACCCCUGCCCUUCUUUCGCCCAUGACCAGCUCUGACCUCAUAGAGAAGCACAGGGGACUUAUCCCCUGCCCCCACCCUGAAACUGACAAUCACUUUUUGAGACAGGUUGUGAGUGCUAAACGGCCUGUGUCAUUCAGUCCUCCCAAAGGGAAGCCUUUGUCAGUGGGAAUAUAAAUAGAAUUCUUAGAACCAACUUUAAAACUCACACCCAUCUGGAGGGAAAUCAAAAAAUGGGAGGGGGAAGAGCCCCCCUCAUUUUUGCUGCUUCCAGAAAUAUUAGAAACUGACUCUCAAUUGGAAAAUGGAAAGAAGUGCCUUGAUUGGGGAUGGGGGGUGCACCAGAUGGGGACCGGCCCUGCCAACUGCUGCUGGGGGCCUCCAGCUUGGCUGGUGUUUUAUAGGCUGCCAGCUAUAAGGAAAAGGUGGAUGAACAGUGAGGGGAUGGCAAGGGGGACAGCAGGCCUGGGGAGCUGGUUUUUCCAUUACUAGGCUGAGCCCCUCCCCACCUGUGAGCCUUCAGGGGGUUCCUGUGAUAGUUCAGAUACCCUUCGCCUUAAGCCUCAGCUCCAGUGCCUUUCAAAUGGGACCUCAAUUCCUGUGCACAGCCCUCCCACUUCUCUCUGCUUCUCUGGCAUGGCCCAGGCAGGGAGAGUCUGGGGUUAGGCCCGGUUUUCUCCCUUCUCAGCCCCAAAGCUGCUGCCACUGAAGCCCCCAUCUGGGGCCAGGUGGAAGGGAAGCUGAGAAGGCAGCCCCCAGCCCAGCAGGGGAAUGGGACCUGGGCUCUGAUCUGUGUGGCUUCCUGCCUGGCUUCUGAGAACACAGCAACCUUCUGGGCCUGCUUUUCCAGGCUUCCGAGAAAGCACAGGAUGAGCAAGGCCUAUCAGUAUAUCUGUACCUUCUCUACUUGGGCUCCAGAGAGGCUCUGGGCUCAAAGAGGGGGAAGGAGGGUAUGGGGUGUCUUCCCCGCUUGGGAAGUCAGCAUAAGGCCUAACAAGGUCACCCUGACUCCGCACCUCAGCCUUUCAUUUGUACCAGAUAAUAGCUGCAUUACUGCCAACUGACCUUAUAAUCCUGUGCACCUUCGAAAAGAUUUAUGGUUUUGAAUUGCUGCUUAAUAACAUUUGUUAUAUUAAAGUUAUAAUUAAUGUGUCUGAUUUACAACUUAAAA